AUGUUGGAGAUUAUCCCCGCCUUCAUAUUUGGAUUCGGACUGCCUUGGAUCCCCGAGACUCCGCGAUGGCUCGUUGAGCACAACCAAAAAGACCGUGCUCGCUCGACCUUGAGGAGACUUCGAGAAGGCAUCUAUUCCGAGGACCAAAUCGAGGACGAGUUUGCUGCGAUCUCUAAAGAUGUCGACGAGUACCAUAGAUCUGGCAGAAACUGGCUCUUUCUGUUCAAGGAGAAGGCUCUUUUCUCUCGUCUGUGGCGCGCCACGUUAUUGCAGUUCAUGAGCCAAGCUUGCGGGGCAUCGGCUAUGAAGUAUUAUCUGCCAUUCCUUCUAGAGAGCCUAGGCAUUUUCACCCAUGCAGCUCUCAUGAUUGGGGCUAUUGAAAUGACUGUGAAAAUAGCAUUCACUGUGCUUGAAAUGUUCAUCAUUGAUAGGUUUGGUCGAAGGAACUGCUUGGUUGCGGGCUGUAUCGUAAUGGCCAUCUCGAUGCUGAUCAACGGUGCCUUACCGCUUGCGUAUCAAGAUAACAAAGCCGCAAAUAUCGUCUGCAUAAUCUUCAUUUUCAUCUACGCGACGGGAUUUAGUCUCGGCUUUGGGCCUACAGUCUGGGUUUACAACACUGAGUCGAGACUUCAGAUCUUUCCCACCGCUGUUAGGGCCCGAGGCCUCAACUUUGCCUCAGUUGGCAGUGCCGUCGCGUCCAUGAUCGUCAACGAGAUUUGGCCCAUCGGUCUAGCCAAGUUACAUAGCAAAGUGUAUUUCAUCUUCAUGGCUAUGAACAUUAUCUGGAUUCCGGUUCUAUUCGCGUUCUUUCCGGAAACCAAGGGCAGGGAGCUUGAAGAUAUGGAUGCCCUUUUCGGGAGUGUGGCUAAGCAGGUGUCAGAUGCGGAAGAUGGUAAGCGAAAAUUGUAG